AUGUCUCCCUCCACAAUCCCAUUCCUACUUCACCUUGCGCCUCUUUCUCCUUCCGAAAUUCCUGCCCAUCCAUCUAUCCCCUACUCUUCCCCAAGUUCAGCCAGUGACGGAGCCAUUGAUGCCCGCCCUUCUCUCAGCCUAUUCCUACAUGCUGCGCUCACGCAGGCUCGUGACUUCAUAACAACCACCGUCCCAGGAGAAUCGUUCACUGCGGACCGCAAGCUUUACGACUCGCCACCUUCAAGCACGCCAGUGCAAAUAUCGUCUGGUACUGUCAAGUAUACACCAUUGGCUAGCAAGAACCCAGCGGCCCCCCAGAAGGAAGACAAAUGGUUCGCUCGCCGAACUGUUCUCGACAAUCGCACCACGACGGGGAACGCAUCUUUCCAAGAAUUCGUUGAGGGAUUGAAGGACAGCCACUUGAUGAAUGAGAUGGAGUACGAGCCGAAUAUCACUGCGGUAGAGGAAGUUGCAAAAUGGGAUUGCAGUGGCGUGGAAGUUGAGGGGGGUUGGAGCGGAGUGGGAGCUAGCCUCUCCCUUGUAACCCACACUUUCCAGCCGGCAAGUGUCAUCUCUCCGCGUGUAUUCCUCGCCAUGGUAAUCACGGCCUUUACUCCACCGGAGUCCCCCACUUCAACCACGCCCUCCGCUUUCAUAAACAUUCAGCUCCCCAUCCACGUCUCAGCCAUUCCGCCGUCCCUCCCCUUACCCAAGAAUGCCGUUCUGGGGAAAUACGUCUCGGUCGAGAUGGUCCGAGUUCUCGCGGAUGCAGACGACGCUGCCGGGCCGGGCAAGAUCGAGUGGCGAAUGGCUACAUCCUCCCAGGCCGGCGGCUGGAUUCCUAGGUUCCUGCAGCACAGUUCUAUCCCCAAUGCCAUCGCGAAGGACGUGGGGCUGUUUCUGAAGUGGGUCGACGAGCGACGAGCUAAGAAGGCGGGUAGGUAG